GAAUAAUGCAAGUGGAGAUGGUUUUCGGAGGAUCUGUGUGUGGGGGGAUCUGCUGGCUGGGGGGCGAAAAGAAGGCAGAACCGGGGACACGCGCACACUAUCACGUAAUUACCUCCCCGAAUCCCGGCAAGCUCGUGACGUUCUCUCUGGCAUAGUUGCCUGUUCAUUCGUUAAUUAUUGCUCAGUGUGUGUGUGUGUGUGUUGGACGAGCUGCACACAUUUCUGCAAGAUCUGCGAGGCAGGGUGGAGGCAGGAUCUCCCAGGGUUCUGCAGUAGGUAGCAGGUUUAGAUAUUUAUUUCAGCUGGAGUCCAUUCACACAUUAGGAAGCUAGUUAGUUAGCCAGAGCCUUCUGUUUUUGUUCGCGUGAGCGCCGACAGGGGAGUGCGCGCGCAGUGCUCGCGGAGCACGACGACGUCGGGUCGUGUUGUAAUGUCGUAAAGACGCGAACGAAACAAGAGAACUCGGAUGAAGCGAGCACAGCUUUACGGCUGAACUAACGGUAGCCGUCGUAGCUUGUUAGCCAGCUUAGCCGUAGCUUAGCUAGGCUCUCACAAAUAUCGAGCUUUCCCCACUACUCGCCGCUCGCGCACCAGGAACACCGGAGCCCACCGCUGUUCAUGUUCCGUCACGAAGUCGGCGUCCUGUCGUUCCUUCCAUCUUGUUCGUACCUGUUCCAAUACGAGAAGAGGAACAUGUCCCGCUACAACAUCUACAGCCUGCUGGACUGGAUGUACGGCGGUGUGGACCCCCGGUUCGAGGGGAACGGGGGGCCCGAGUGCGCCGCCUUCCUGCCGCCGCGGCAGCGCGCGUGCGAGAGCCUGGUGUUCGUGCUGCUGUCCCUGGCCGAGGUGAUCAUCUCCGCGCGCAACAUCAACGUGUCGAAGGCGCACCGGGAGGCCGUGAGGGACACGCGCAGGCACAAAGAGGACAGUCUGGGCAAGAACCUGCUGCUCGCUGCCCUCUGCAUCACGUUCGGGGUCGAAGUGGGCUUCAAGUUCGCCACCAAAACAGUUAUCUACCUGCUGAACCCCUGUCACGUGGUCACCAUGAUACAGAUCUUUCUGCUGGCCUGUCCACCAUGUAAAACAGCCAUGGUCGUGUUCAGGCUCCAGGUUCACAUGCUGAACGGUGCUCUGUUAGCGCUGCUCUUCCCCGUCGUCAACACGAGAUUACUUCCCUUUGAGAAGGAGAUCUACUACAUCCAGCAUUCCAUGCUCUACCUGGUGCCCAUCUACCUCUUCAGGAAAGGAGGUGUGUACAAACCAGAGCCGUUAUGUGACAUGUGGUGGGCUUUGUUAUCUACAGGCAUCCUCUUCCUCUACCAUUUUGUGUUCCUGCAGGGCCUGGGAAUGGUGACCGAAGUGAAUCUGAACAACAUGCUGUGUCCGGCCGUGUCCGAUCCGUUUUACGGGCCGUGGUACCGCGUGUGGGCCGCUGCCCACCAGACGGCGCUGACGCUGGUACAUGGCAAGGCUCUCACCAUCAUCUGCCAGCAGGCCACGCCCGCUCUGUGCCACCUGCUCCAGUCGGCCCGUCUACGCUCCAAGAAAGUCGACUGAAGCUCCGAGCGCAGCCUUCUGCAAAAAUCCACUCGUCCUCACCUUCUUUUAUUUCUAUACAUUUUUAAUCUCUCCUGUUCGGCCAUAACAAGGUCAAAGUCGGCUUACGAUAAAAUGUCUCCACACCAUAUUACACUGCCACCGUAUCAUCAUGUUUACUCUCAUUAUUAUUAUUAUUAUUAUUAUUAUUAUUAUUAUUAUUAUUAUUAUUAUUAUUUCGGACCUGAGGGUCUUCACACUUUGUGUAAGAACCGAUUUCUCCCUCAGGAGUCCGUUUAGAGCGGGUUCUGACACAGAAAUACUCCAGAAGAAGUUGUACUGUAUUUCCCUCCUGAUAAAAACAGGAGACGAGUCAAUCAACAUAUGAAUCUGGAAUGAUUGACCAUUGGUGAAAGUAACCAUUACAUGACCAGUUCAAGGAAUUUUACUAAAAAUAUUCUGUUAUACUUUGAUUAACUCUUAACAUCAGCGUCCAGCUGAGCGUGUGAUUGUCUCUGCCUGUAAGCAGUUCCUGACCACACAGCUGCUGCUGCUGUUCCUCUUUUAAUCUCUUUUAACCCUCUCAUAUUAACCACCGCCACCACGCGGAAGCCCCGCCCCUUCCAUCAACUCACCAAUGUACACAUCAAUAAUGUUUAUGAUGAGGGUAAAAAGAAAGCGACUGAAAUACACCGUUUUAUUCUUCUCCAUUCUCUCCUGUGCCAAUCGAAGCUCGGACGCGUUCAGAUACAUCGAGCCGCAGGUGACCCGCGAAAGCGUCGUCCGUGUGAACGUUACACCAUGUUAAACCCAGCCGAGGGUGCGAUUGUCUCUGCCUGCAAGCAGUUCCUGACCACACAGCUGCUGAUGCUGUUACUCGUCUCUUACUCGCUUCGAACCUGAAACGGUGGAAAAGCUCCAUCUUUCUAGAGGAUUAAAUAGUUUAUCGUGAUUUUUUUGAUUUUUUUUUAACUCUCGCACAAGCCUGGUGCGAGUGUCGCUCUGUGUCUCGUGUCUCUACAGCAGGCCACUCUGUAGCCCAGUGUUUUAUAUAAAAUUCAGGAACAGGGCCGAGGAACUUCCACAAGCCUCUCUGCUCAUUUCUGAGGUUUUGCUCCUUCGCAGCAGACUUUUAUCUUCAGUUGCCUUUUUAUUUUAUGUGUAAUGUUUCCUGUACAGUCGUGUGAAUCCGGCGCUCCAUGUUUACCCGUGUGCUCCUCCUGUCACCUUCAUCCCCGUCGGUGUUCAGAGCUGUGCGGUGUUUAACGUGUCGUGAACGGCAUCCGUGUGUCGAUGUUGUGUUUCGUAUCGAUGUGUGCUGCUUUUAUCGCGUUUACCUUCACCUCACUGUGACUUUAGGGCAUCGCUAAUCCGCACGGGGCGAGGGAGCGACCGCAGCGCACCGGCGUUCGGCAGUGUUUUAUAAAAACUUUGUGUUUUUCGGCGUGAUUGUUUUCAGUCCCACGCAUCAGCUGUCAUAAUUAACAUCUCCAUUACUGAUUACUGACUUUUUUCCAUAACUUCCACAUACUGCACAUUAACGUUUGUUUUUUUUAAAAAAGUUGUCAUGACGUGUACAUACCGUACGAGGAGGAGGAUAGAAAAAGGAUGUUUUAGGUAAUUUCUAGGUGUGUUUUUUUUUUUUUUAUUAUUAUUAUUAUUUAACUUGGUCACGUGACUCUUUGAGAGACUCUUCUGAGAACUGAACGAUUUGUCUUCAGAAAAACCUCAGUCAGGAUAAUGAGGGAUAUACAGACGUCAAGAAUCGUCUGGAAAUGAAUCAUUCCGGCUUCAGUGGACACGCACACACACACACUCCAGAAACAGGUCUGAUCUCAGCAGGGUUUCGGCGGAAUCCUACGGGGUUUUCCUCCGGGGACUGGAUGCGACUGGAUCCGAGGUGACGGACUGAAAGGGAUUUUGUAGUUUGUUUGUUUGUUUUUUUUUUUGUAUAUAUUUUUGGUGAAGUAUUUACUGUAUUGUGGUAAUGAAAAAUAAAAGUCCUUCCCCAAG